GGCUGGAGAGCCGGCUCGCCCAAAGCGAGCUCCGCCCGUGUAGGGUGUUUGCAAGCAUCCGCUUCCGGUUCCGACGCCGAAUUGCCUGUCGCUGAGGGAGGCCUUCUUACCGGUGAGGUGGCACUGAGUUAAGUGGUCGCGAGCGCGGGAUACGGGCGGGUUGCAGGACGCGGAUCUGGAAGGGCUUUGCCUGAAAUGGACAACCGGAUUCCUUAUGAUGACUACCCAGUGGUUUUCCUGCCUGCCUAUGAAAAUCCUCCAGCAUGGAUUCCUCCUCAUGAGAGAGUGUACCACCCAGACUACAACAAUGAGUUGACCCAGUUUCUGCCCCGAAUUGUCACACUGAAGAAGCCUCCUGGUGCUCAGUUGGGAUUUAACAUCCGAGGAGGAAAGGCCUCCCAGCUAGGCAUCUUCAUCUCCAAGGUGAUUCCAGACUCGGAUGCACAUCGAGCAGGACUUCAAGAAGGGGACCAAGUUCUAGCUGUGAAUGAUGUGGAUUUCCAAGAUAUUGAACACAGCAAAGCUGUUGAAAUCCUGAAGACAGCCCGAGAAAUCAGCAUGCGUGUGCGAUUCUUUCCCUACAAUUAUCAUCGCCAAAAAGAACGGACUGUGCACUAAAGACUUGCAGCCCACAGCCUUCCAUGUGGAAUCUGCCAGGACAAGCUGGCUAGGCCUCUGAGAAGUUGGAGAAGUCAGGAAAUUCUACUCUCCACACCCUCCUGGUUUAGUGGAUGGGGAGGAUGGGGAGACAGCUUACCAGCUGUAUUAUGUAUUAACUGUACUGUACUAGGAGUUCCCUAGUUUGCUAGGUGAGUUUCAUUAUGGAAGAGGAAAGAGAUAGUGAUGUCUAGAUGUCUGUAGCCUGUGGGGGGAAGCCAACUAGAAAACAACUGGCAUUUAUCAGGUACCUUAGAUUGGUCACUUACACGGCUUAUCAUUUUAUUCGUAGAAAUCAGUAGAAAAAAAAGAGUCUUGGGGACCUUCCAUCUGAUUUUCCUGGCCAUGCCAUCCAGUCCUUGUACAUACCUUGGAGUCCCAUACACUUAGGAGACUCCAAGGAGGCACUUCCUUCUCAUCCCCGCCCCCACCCAAAGUAAAAACACAAUACUGAAUAAACAUGGCUUGAGUGAUA